AAUGAAACUUGUAUUUCAUAAAUUCUUCCAAGCCAUAGAUAAGUUUUCUAUCACCUUAAAGUUCAUGGUUUCUUUUCAACGAGCAGUUCCUUGUCCAAGUCUUUCACCUAAUAAACUUUAAGCAAUUCAAUGCAGAAUUUUCAAUACAUGUCACCUACCAUGAUCACUGACAGAUUGCAAUCCACAUGACCAUUUAUACCAGAGCAACACGAUAUCAGAACUGGAUCAACUUAAACUUCAUUUCAGAACUUGUAAUCUCUAAAAAACGGAUAAUGAUGCCUUACGUUAUUUCUGAAGUGGUAUGUGUUAUUCUGAUUAGCCUUUUGCUUAGUAACUGCAAGUUCCAGGCACUUGAUGGUAAUGCAACAGAUAGACAAUCGCUGCUGGCCUUCAAAAAGUCCAUUGUGCAAGAUCCUCAAAACGCUCUUGGCUCGUGGAAUGAUUCUUUGCAUUUCUGCCAGUGGGAAGGUGUGACCUGUGGUCGACGCCACCAAAGAGUCACAAGAAUUGAUAUUACUUCCAGGGCUUUAUCAGGCUCACUGUCUCCUUAUUUAGCCAAUCUGACCUUCCUUCAGAUUCUACAGAUAAACAACAACAGUCUGUAUGGUGAGAUUCCCCCUCAACUUGGUAACCUGUUCAGGCUCAAAGCUCUGAACCUUUUCUUGAACAAUCUGGAAGGCACAAUUCCAGCCAACAUCUCUCGUUGCUCUAACCUUCAACAUCUUCGUGUUGGUAGAAAUAAUUUAGUUGGUAAAUUACCAGAAGAACUAGGUGCAUUGUCCAAGCUCCAGUCACUUGUUAUUGAAGAAAAUAGCUUCACCGGAAGAAUUCCACCAUUUUUGGGGAACUUCACUUCGUUGGAAAUAUUUUACGCUAGGAGAAACCAUUUUUCUGGAGGUAUUCCAGAUACAAUUGGCAAUAUGAGAAAACUUAGCAUUCUUGGAUUGGCUGCUAACAAUUUGUCUGGUAUGAUCCCGCUUUCACUCUAUAAUAUCUCCUCUCUGACACAAUUAUCUUUGGAUGAGAAUGAACUCCAGGGUACUCUUCAUCCGAGCAUAGGUUCGAUGCUUCCUCUCCUGCAAGUUAUUCAAUUAAGUGAUAAUCAAUUUACAGGACUGCUUCCAUUAUCACUCUCUAAUUGUUCCAAACUAGAAAUAUUUCAGAUGAACACAAAUUUUUUUGAAAAAAAAAUUGCAAUUAAUUUUGGAGGCCAGAAUAGUCUGAUGAAUAUCGUACUAGAUGAAAACAAUUUUGGAACUGGAGAAACUGAUGAAAUGAAUUUCAUAGGCUCUUUAAGCAACUGCAGCAAUCUGCAAGGGCUUGGUGUCUCUGACAACAAACUAAAGGCGGUAUUGCCAGAUUCUGUGGGAAACCUUUCAACCAAGAUCAAUUAUCUAAAUUUAGCAGGAAAUCAAUUAUAUGGAAGACUCCCUUCAUCUAUAGGUAAUCUUAUCAAUCUAGAUACAUUUGGUCUUGAUGAUAACCAGUUUAGCGGGACAAUUCCCAUAAGCAUAGGAAAUCUUGAAAAGCUUCAGGUAGUUGCAUUUUCGCAGAAUAAGUUUUCUGGUGUGAUUCCUCAGUCUAUUGGUAACCUUACAUUGUUGACGAAACUCUACAUGAACAUGAAUAGAUUGGAGGGGAACAUUCCAAUAAACCUUGCGAAUUGCUCUAGAUUGUUGACUUUAGAACUUUCUCAGAAUAACUUCACUGGCUUGAUCCCCAAACAACUAUUUAGUCUUUCAACUCUAUCUAUUACCUUGAAUCUUUCACACAAUUAUAUUUAUGGACAGCUUCCAUCCGAUGUUGGAAACCUUGUACACUUAGGAUCCUUGGAUUUAUCCAACAAUAGAUUGUCCGGGAAAAUUCCAGCUAGUCUUGGUAGCUGCUCCAGCCUUGAAUAUCUAUUCCUUCAGAACAAUAUGUUUCAGGGUUCAAUACCUUCAUCUUUGAGUUCACUGAAAGGGGUCAUGAACAUCGAUCUUUCUCUGAAUAAUUUGUCUGGGGAAAUUCCAAAGUUCUUUGAGCAAUUAUCAGUAAAGUAUCUGAAUUUAUCUUUUAACAAUCUAGAGGGCGAGGUACCUACCAGAGGAAUUUUUUCAAAUCUAAGCGGAGUAUCAGUUCUUGGAAACAGUAACAUUUGUGGGGGUAUGUCUGAGCUUCACUUACAAAAAUGUGCCAAUGGAGGAUCAAGAAAACAAGAAAGAUAUAUCCGUGUUCUUAUAGUUCUAUUCUCUGUUAUAGGAAUACUUAUCUGUGCAACUAUAUUGAUGUGGUUCAUGUUCAGGCAUAAAAGGUUAGGAAAUUUGGAGUCAGGGGGGCCAAUGGUAGAUAGCUCACACUUACGGCUAUCUUAUGCGGAUCUCCACAAAGCAACAGCUGGAUUUUCUUUGGAGAAUGUAGUCGGCAGUGGUAGCUUUGGUUGCGUUUAUAAAGGGGUUCUUGAUGCAAAUAGAAUGACUGUUGCAGUGAAAGUCCUAAACCUUCAUUCCCGAGAAUCCUACAAAAGUUUUAUGAACGAGUGUGAAGCCUUGAGAAAUACUAGACACCGGAAUCUUGUUAAGAUCAUAACCACCUGCUCUAGUGUUGAUUUCCAGGGUAAUGAGUUCAGAGCCUUGGUGUAUGAGUUCAUGCCCAAUGGUAGCUUGGAACAAUGGCUGUACCCGAGUCUGCAAUCACAAAGACAGCCAAGACUCACUCUAGCUCAAAAAUUAAACAUAGCCAUCGAUGUCUCCCAUGCAGUCGAUUAUCUUCACAAUCAAUGUGAGAAGCCCAUAUUACAUUGUGAUCUAAAGCCUAGCAACAUUCUGCUUGACAAUGACAUGGUUGCUCAUGUUGGAGAUUUCGGAUUAGCAAAAAUUCUUCACCCUGGAAUCGCAGAAGUGACACAAAGCAGUUCAGUUGGACUAAGAGGAACAAUCGGAUAUGCAGCUCCAGAGUAUGGUCUUGGAAGUGAGGUAUCAAAGAGUGGGGAUGUCUACAGUUUUGGGAUUUUGUUGCUUGAGAUGAUAACAGGAAAGAGACCUACUGAUGCCAUGUUUAAUGAAGGCCUUGAUCUUCACAAGUUUGUGAGUACGGCACUGCCAGAUCAUUUGCAACAUAUUAUCAGCCCAACAUUUCAUGAGGACUUUGAAGAGACAAUAGAAACAACCAAGAUAAGUGGUGAAAAUGUAGUACAGGAAUGCUUAUUAAAAGUAGGUACUGCAUGCUCUGUGGAGUCGCCACAAGCUCGAAUGAGCAUCACGGAUGUGGUUUCUGAGCUAAAUUUUAUCCGUCAAACUAUCACCUUUCAUUAAAAUGCAAUCAGUAGCUUAGCAAAAAAAAAAUGCAAUCAGUAGAUGCAAACGCCUGCCAUAUAUUGAUUUUGUAUUUUCAGCAUAUUUGUACAACACAGUAGCUAUUGCUAUGGAGCACAUCAAUGGACAAUCAUUUCAAUUUUUUAUCAUGCAGAA